AAACUGCGUCACUCUGACCAAAUCGGUUUCACCUCCCUGCCUUGUUGACAGAGGAAGGAUGUUGCACAUGGCUCGGUUCUGGUGGGACUCCGGCUCGCGACAGCUACACUUUUGAUUCUGAACGCGCUGGAGAAGCAAGGACCGAUCGAUACGCGUUGACGUCAUGGAGACGUAGUCGGGGUUUUAUUUCUGCGUGUUGCUGCGGCUGCUGCCUAAAAUGAACCUGCGAUGGGUUUGACGGAGCGAACUGGCGCCGGAGCUUCGCAUCAAUGCCUUUCAGACCUUUUUGAAUAUUAGGGACACCCUUUCUGUCGCGUCAUGGAUGGAAAUCAAAGCAACUACUGGGGCCACCAAGAACUGCACAGGCUGUGUUUCUCUGCAGAGUGCGCUUCGGCCUGAGCGCUGACAUGGACCACAACCUGACGGAGCUCCAGCAGCAACAAACGGCCAGGGAGUUUAACCCCACCCAGUUUCCUGCUUUCUACUCCGAUGCUUACCGGUUAACGUCGGGUAACGUUCCGCAUCCCUGCGAGGGAGACCAGGUGGUCCCUUCGUCCCAGAGAAGAGGCUGCCAGAAAGAGGCCAAACCCCUCCCUCCUUUGCCUGACCCUGAGGACUUUAUGUCAGAUGAAGCUGCAGACAGUGAGGUCGAAUUCUUUACCAGCGACCGCCAGCGCCUCCUGCCCAAAAGCUGCUCAAAGGCGAUAACCAGAAGCAGGAACAAAAACUGUGGUCAGGUAAAUUUUGCCUACCAGGGGGGCUCACUGGAAAUCAGACCUGCUGGAUCCGACUCCAUCGCUUUCUCCUGGCCAAGCAGAGAGGACAGACCACUGGGCGGACGAAGCAGAAUUGUAGCAAACUUUGAUCAAUUUGCUCACGAGAAAAGAGAUCACCAGCAUGAGGUGUCUUCUAUUGGAGGCAAACUGUCAGACCAAGCCCAGCCAUCCUCCAGAAACCGAUUUUCCUGUUCAGGUCUUCCUUCUGACGCCCAUGUGAGUUAUCCGCUCUCCCUCCCUGAAAAACCCCGGAUCCCUCCUCGCAUUCCCAUCCCGCCUAAACCCUCAGCUUCCUCAAAGCCAGUGAGUGACAACGACGAGGAAAAGCCUCCCAAGGUCCCCCCACGCAUCCCACUGGUCCCGCCCUGCCCGCCGCGCACCCCGAGCCCCAAAAGUCUCCCGAUAUACAUCAACGGCGUGAUGCCCGUCACGCAGAGUUUCGCUGCUAAUCCAAAUUAUGUGAGCAAGGCCGUACAGAGGCAGCAGAGUGAAAGGGCCCCGCCGGCGACACAGUUUUCUCCCUGCAUCGUUCCCAUUUUGAAGGACGGCAAACAGGCCAGCGCCACGCACUACAUCCUGCUGCCACCGGGGCGGCACACCCACGCCGAGAGGCGGGGGAGGCUCCUGAGCGAGCCCAGCAGAACGGGAUGUGUGUGGCAGAAAUGACACCUUCCAAUGAGAAAUGCAAAGAAAGAGACUUCUAUUAGGCAUGGGCCAGUAAAACUGUCUUAUGGAAUAAUUUUUAGUUAAAAAAAAAAAAAAAACAGCGUCAUGGUAUUUAUAAAACAAAAAGGUACAGAUUUGGUUGCCUUUAAGAGUCUCUUAUGGAAAGCAUUUUACCUUUUUGCCAUUCUUUACAGAGUAACACUUGGAGUCUGUUAAACGGAUUGUGUGCUGCGAACAAAUGUCAAAAAUACUGAUUUGCAAAAGGUUUCCACGUCACAUCAAGGUGGGACGUGGAAAAUAUCAGCAAAGAAUAGCAGUUAGGUGCAGCUCAAUGUAAAACCACCUAAUUCAGAAAGCAGCUUUAGAAUUGAAGAUGAGGAAAAAAAACAAAGUAGCCUUCGUCCAACCGACUGGUCGUGCACAUCGACAACUAGGAGAACACGACCCGUCCAGUUUUUCUCUUCAUUCUCAUGAAAAUGACUUCAUGCCAGAGGGGCGACGUGACAGAAACUUCUAGCAUCAACGGUUUUAAAUCGAGCUGUACCUUGAUGCCAGCACUGACCCAUGCCUAACUCACAUUUUUAUUGUGUACACGAUACACUGCUGUAGUCAUGUUAUCAUCUGUCACUCAUUUAUUUUAUUUUGGUUUCACUGUGAUUUGUUUUUGACUGAAUAUCCUACCGGUCAGUAUUCGUAAGAGACACUUUUACUGUUCAACCCUACAACAAUAAAGUACGGCGCUCAGUAUUUCUCUAGUAGUGGAGGAAACGCACUUACCUCAUUUAACGUUUUUCACUGAGAUGUAUUUCUCAAUUCAUUACAAAGUCAUCCCCUUUUGUAUUUUUUUUUUGUUUUUUGUUUAAAUAAACAAAACUUGUAGUUAUUACCCACCGAUUGAUAUAUUUCAUGUGUUUGUUUCUAUUGUUGAUUCGAGGUUUUAAUUAACUAAGCUAGAAUGAUCAAAAUAAAAAAAAAACAUUUCAAAUAUAUCACUAUGUGUAAUGACAGUUAGUUUACCUUUCUUGAACUGAUAUUCUACUUUAUUGAUAUAUUUGUCCUGCAGUUUUUGGGUUUUUUUUAAUGUGCAAUUAGUGAAUCGUGCUUAUUGCAAACUUGUUCUAAUGUCACUAAAACCAGCCUGAACCAAUACGGUUUUCUUUAAAAGAGAGCACAUAAUUAAAGGUGCAAGCCGGGCUUGUGCCUAUGUUAUGAUUGCACAAGUUCUUGUUCUUUCUUUUUUUCCUAAUAAUUCUACUUAAGGCCUCUAAUAUAUUCACGAAUGUAAUAUUUUCAGACCAUUUUAAACAUUCGGACCGAUGUUUGAAGCGUUUGUUUGGUGAACACACUUUAUCAUCCGAAGAGAUCUUAAAGUGUUUUCUGUCAUGAUUUUCAGGUUUUGAUUUGAUCAAUUUGCCGAUGACUUUUUAAGUUUUGCUGCACACAUUCCAACUAGAACGCAUUAAAUUAUAAGAUGCAAUUAGACAUCUCAGUACAAAAACCCUCACCUAAAGUUCAAAUGAAAUGUGAUUGAAAAAAAAAAUCGCUUGACUUAGUUUUUUUUUUUGUUUUUUUUAAAGUUGCUUUUUUCUACUUACCAUCCUAAUUCCCUUUAGGUCUUCUCCCUAUUAUUUGAUUUUUCCAGACAAAGGAGGCCUACUUAGUUCAAAUCAAAUUUCAUCUUUAUGAUAAUCAUUUUUUCCCGUGUGUAAAUUUUUUGUGAGCAUUGGUUUGGUUGAUAUGGUAACUGCCCGUGUUGGACUCAUUUCUACAGAGAUUUGUGGAUGAAAUCCAGUUACGUUUACACUGCUGAAGUUCAGACUCAUGUUUACAACCUUUGUUACGCCGAAGUUCUUAUAAACAUGGAUUCAGGCCCUUGAAAGGCUGCAGAUUGUAAUAUUGUUUUAUGGUCUAUUUAAUGAAAUAAAUAACUUAUUCAUUGUGUAAA